GCGCUCAACUGUAAAGCACACAUUCGUUACUUUUGAUGUACUCAAAAUGCAUUAGUUUAUAGCACGUGCCCUGUUCUUGUCGAUCACACGAUCAUGCACACUAAUUACUGGUCAUGCUGUAAUGAUUGAUAUACCGGUAGCAUUAAUUGCACUUUUUACAAUCAUAGCGACGGAUCUAUUUUCACACCAUAACCGGAUGAUGGAGGAACAGAAAAAAGCGCAUUUCACUAGCGUUUGUGGUUCAAACGUGGUGAAAAAAUGUACCCGACUGCCCUUGGACCAAUUGUUGCUCUAGUGAUUGUUAUACUUAUUCAGGUAAUCGCCAUUGUGGAUUUCAACUUCGAUGAUGAUCCGAAAUCUGACGCCCAGUUGUGCUGUAUGGUAGAGCACACGUUUCCACAGGAACCAUUUCGUACAUGCUACGAACAGCAUAGAACUUCCAUUAUGGACAAUGAAACGAUUAUGUGUAUUCAUCAGUGCUAUUAUAAUGCAAUUGGUAUGUUUUCCGAUGGCGACAAACUUGAAACAGACAACUAUCUCAAGUACAAGGAUAACCUUGAUCCAGCGCUGCAAGAACCCUUCACCUUUGCACUAGUGGUUUGUGCAAAGUUUGCGAUCCAGCUAAUCCGGCACUUGGCCGCAAGUGAAAGGAAAAUGAAAUGCAGUCCGCUUCCUUACUUAUUUAACCGCUGCUUGAUGGAGAUUGACAUGGUAAACUGUCCAAAAGAUCGGUGGAUGAACUCUAGUUUAUGUGAUGCAUGGACGACGAGACAAAAGGCAAAGUAUGGCGAGGGCAUACAAAUAAAAGCAACGUAAUAAUGGGAACCAGAACGAGUGGAAAACCUUCAGACAGAUAAAAACCAACAGUCUCUUCAGAGAGCACGCAAAUGUGGCACGUGAGAAUAACAAAAUAAAUAAAUAGUUUUGAAGAAAAAAAACUACUCAAACUACUGUUGAGUUUCAAUUUGGUGCUGUUUUUUUGUCAUAAAAUUUGGGUAGCAUUAAAUUUGUACUGCUUAUGUGUGUCAGUGUGAAGCAUUGAA